ACGUUUUCCAUUCACCAAUCACAGAGAAGUUCGUUGUGCCAGGUCUAAUAGUGUGGAGUCUUUGUGUUGACAUCUUCUGGGGGAUUGAGAGUGUUUGAAUGGAUAUUACCAGGUGCACGGAGAAAUGGGAGAGGCCUCCAACAUCCUCCAUAAUGCUGUCUAGCAAGAAAUCAGAUGCGGGUUCCUCCUCCUCUUCUUCGUCUUCUGCAGCGGGAGGUGAUAGGGUCCCGGGUUCUGACAUCCAGACGGGAUCUGCAGCCUCAGUGGCUGGAGCUAUGGAUUCAAAGAAAAAGGACAGGUCUUCCCCUAGUGGGGAACAUGGAGGAGCCUCUUUGUCACACCAGUCAGGCCCCGGAGGGGCAGAUCAGGACUCUGCUGAAGUCCGUAGGACGAGUCGACGCAAGCGAGCAAAACAGGUGGAGUACCGCGAGAUGGACGAAAGCCUGGCUAAUCUUUCGGAGGAUGAAUACUACUCAGAGGAGGAGAGGAAUGCCAAAGCAGAGAAAGAAAGGAAGCAGGUCAUCCCUCCUCCACCCCCACCUGUGGAGGAAGAGAAUGACAGUGAACCAGAUGAACCGUCUGGUUUGGAAGGUGCUGCUUUCCAGAGCCGUCUUCCUCAUGACCGUAUGACAUCCCAGGAAGCAGCCUGCUUCCCUGACAUCAUAAGUGGUCCCCAACAGACUCAGAAGGUCUUUCUGUACAUUCGCAACCGCACGCUCCAACUGUGGCUAGACAACCCUAAAAUACAGCUGACCUUUGAGGCCACAGCGCAGCAGCUUGAAGCUCCAUAUAACAGUGAUGCUGUGUUGGUCCACAGGAUACACAGUUACUUGGAAAGGCAUGGUCUCAUUAACUUUGGUAUUUACAAGAGGGUCAAGCCUUUACCCACAAAGAAGACUGGGAAGGUUAUAGUCAUUGGUGGAGGUGUGUCUGGCCUGGCCGCAGCCCGGCAGCUGCAGAGCUUUGGGAUGGAUGUUACUGUGCUGGAAGCCAGGGACCGUGUUGGAGGCAGAGUGGCCACAUUCAGGAAGGGCAACUAUGUUGCAGAUCUUGGAGCCAUGGUAGUGACAGGGCUGGGAGGAAAUCCUAUGGCAGUUGUCAGUAAGCAGGUUAACAUGGAGCUAGCCAAGAUCAAACAGAAGUGUCCACUAUAUGAAGCCAAUGGACAGGCUGGUGAACGAUGCACAAGUGUACCAAAAGAAAAAGAUGAGAUGGUGGAGCAAGAGUUCAACCGACUGCUGGAGGCCACCUCUUACCUCAGCCACCAGCUGGACUUUAACUUCCUCAAUAACAAACCAGUGUCUCUGGGUCAGGCUUUGGAGGUGGUCAUACAGCUGCAGGAGAAGCAUGUAAAAGAUGAGCAGAUAGAACACUGGAAGAAGAUUGUGAAGACUCAGGAAGAGCUCAGGGAUCUUCUUAAUAAGAUGGUAUCCACUAAGGAACGUGUUAAGGAGCUCCAUCAGCAGUAUAAAGAAGCAAGUGAAGUAAAACCCCCCAGAGAUAUCACAGCUGAAUUCCUGGUGAAGAGCAAGCACAGAGACCUCACCGCACUCUGCAAAGAGUAUGAUGAGUUGGUGGAGAUGCAGGUCAAACUUGAAGAGAAACUCCAAGAGCUGGAAGCAAAUCCACCCAGUGAUGUUUACCUGUCAUCCAGGGAUCGGCAGAUCCUAGACUGGCACUUUGCCAACUUGGAGUUUGCCAACGCUACACCCCUCUCCACCCUUUCUCUCAAGCACUGGGAUCAGGAUGAUGAUUUUGAGUUCACUGGCAGCCACUUAACAGUAAGAAAUGGUUACUCGUGUGUUCCUGUGGCCUUGGCUGAGGGCCUGGACAUCAAACUAAACACAGCGGUGCGGCAGGUCCGAUAUACAGCAUCUGGCUGUGAGGUUAUAGCUGUGAACACUCGCUCCACGACUCAGACAUUCAUCUACAAGUGUGACGCUGUGCUGUGCACACUACCCCUCGGGGUGCUGAAGCAGCAGCCCCCUGCAGUCCAAUUUGUUCCCCCACUGCCAGAGUGGAAGACAUCAGCUAUACAGAGGAUGGGUUUCGGCAACCUCAACAAGGUGGUGCUGUGUUUUGACCGCGUGUUCUGGGAUCCGAGCGUUAACCUGUUCGGUCACGUCGGCUCCACCACUGCAAGUCGGGGCGAACUAUUCCUUUUCUGGAACCUCUACAAAGCCCCGAUCCUGCUCGCUCUGAUGGCUGGCGAGGCUGCUGGCAUUAUGGAGAACAUCAGUGAUGACGUUAUAGUCGGACGUUGCCUGGCCAUCCUUAAAGGAAUAUUUGGAAGUAGCGCUGUGCCACAGCCGAAGGAAACUGUGGUCACCCGCUGGCGUGCCGACCCCUGGGCGAGAGGAUCCUACUCAUAUGUAGCAGCAGGUUCUUCAGGCAAUGACUAUGACCUGAUGGCGCAGCCCAUCACGCCUGGCCCAGCGAUACCAGGAGCCUCCCAGCCUGUCCCUCGUCUCUUCUUCGCUGGUGAGCACACCAUCAGAAACUAUCCUGCUACAGUUCACGGGGCACUCCUCAGUGGUCUUCGAGAGGCCGGCCGCAUCGCAGAUCAGUUCCUCGGUGCCAUGUACACACUUCCCAGACAAGCCACUCCCACUGGCACCAGCAACCCUCAGCAAACUCCGCCCACCGCCACCGUUUGAAAAGCUUCUCUUGAGUUCCUCCCUACUCAGGACUGGAUCUACUAAGACAAUUUGUGAUUAAAAUGUAAAAACAAAACAAGGUUUAACCCAUAAACUGGUGACAUUU